ACGCACCAGUUCUCUUAAACCUUUCUCUUCACGAGUUUUUCUAUCUUUAUAAACCGGCUUUAGCAGUUUUACGCUAGUAACAAGGCUGCAUUUGAUGGUUUAAUGUCAAGCAAACUGCUCGAGCUUAGUCGAGAAUGACAAAGACUGUAUUAUAAGUCAUCAUGUUGACUUCAUUUCCACAUGCUGUGCUUAUGAUGAUUGAUGAUUUCCUGUUUUUACGAGUGUAAAUGAGUUUGAUACGGUUAUAUUAUCUUUUGUUAACACCGCAUUGGUCGUGGUUGUGUGUUGCAGAUGUGAUCUGACAGUAUAUUUCUGCAGCAUUCCGAUGCUCACUUGAAAUGUAGUGUAUAUAUCAUUUACAGUUUCGCAUUGGUAUAAAACUGCUGUCUGGAUCACUAAAACUUUUGUAGUAGGCUGGAUUAACGAGUUGUGCCACUAAUAACCCUGUUUUGUUUACUGCGGCAGUACCAUGGAACAGUAUCAGAUGGAAAUACCAUGGUAUUUUGAUGUAUACAUGAUACUGAAAUGCAUGUAUCAUGGUGUUUACGUGAUAUUAAAAUCAACUUCCAAGAACACCAUGAAAUAUGUCUAGAACAUGAGACUACCAUGGUGCUCAUUGGUUGCUACUUUGUAAAUGUAACCUUAAAAAACAAAAAAACAAACAAGUGAUCAGAUAUCAAAGGGUAAUGCUAUGAUACUUUAAAAUGGAUGUACUAUGGUAUUUACCAUAGUAAAUGUCCUAAGUAUUACUUUUUUUGUAUAUAAGGUAUUUAAGAAAAUAUGUUUUGUAUUAUCCUUAUAAAAAGUGUUGUGGUGGUACUAUUGUAAAGUGAUGGUAUCAGAUGGAAUAUCCAUGGAAAACAUGGAAACAAGCAGAAAUGGGAUGGAGAUGUUCUACAUGUGCUGGUGUUUUGAUUGACGGUUGGAAGCAGGCCACACGUGAAGGGUUCGCAGAAGAGCUUUGAAAGAACGAGACGGGUGUCCUCGCCAUCAUGAAGUUGAAUGAGAGGAGUGUGGCGCAUUAUGCCACAUGCAACUCUCCUCCAGACAAGACAGGCUUCCUCUUUAAGAAAGGGGAACGAAACACGGCGUACCAUCGCCGCUGGUUUAUUCUGAAGGGCAACAUGCUGUUCUACUUCGAGGAGAGGGAAAGUCGAGAGCCCAUUGGCGUCAUCGUCCUGGAAGGCUGUACGGUGGAGCUCUGCGAGUCUGAGUCCGAAGAGUUCGCCUUCGCCGUUAAAUUCGACUGCGUCAAAGCGAGGGUGUACAAGAUGGCUGCGGAGAGCCAGGCCGCUAUGGAAUCGUGGGUCAAGGCUCUGUCACGAGCCAGUUUCGACUACAUGCGACUGGUUGUGAAGGAGCUGGAGAGGCAGCUGGAGGAGGUACAAGGAGAGAGAUUGUUACAAGCGAAAAACAAGGCGAAGAAACACCAGUCGCAAGUGCAGGGAGCAGAAGCGGGCCUCCGAACCGCCGCCCCGUCCCUACAGAAUGCCGCCAUAACGGGGCCUUUGCAGGAGGGGCUGUCUAGCAGAGAAAACGGGGUGUCUUGGAGUAAAAACAGUGGUGUGGCAAAUGGUGUCAGCGAGGGCUGCGCCUGGGACGGGGACUGCAGCGCAAAGGCAGAAGGAGUCAGACCACCUCCGGUACCUCCGCGGAGGAAGACCAAUGGCGGGUCACUCGAGAGCCCCGUUUCUCCUGGCACAGGCUGCUUCUCCAAACUUCAUGACUGGUACGGCAAAGAAGUGGCUGAACUGAGAAUAGAAUGGCUGCAGAGCAAAUGAAUGAAGCUGGACAUCUGGAAGAGACUCUGAAUAUACAUCCGCACUCGUACCGUGUUUAGUGUGACCUCGGUUUUUAAGACAUAAUAGGUCAAAUUCAUCUAAAAACGGAGAGAGCAUCAGAAAUCAGAAAGAUAAUCGCUUGUCCACUGUUACUGAUUUUUUUUAUGUGACCAUUUUUUUAAAGGAACAUUCUGCCAUCAUUUACUCACCCUCAUGUCAUGUUCCAAAACUGUGAAAAAUCUUUUUUUUUUUUUUUUUUUUUAAAUACAGCAAGUGACCAAAGUUAGAAAAAAAUCAUUUAUUAAUUAUAUAUGCAGCAAUAUUACAAAAUAACCACAAUAUUUACUUGCAUAUAUUUUUACUAAUACAUGAAAAACAUUGCAUUUCCUUGAACUGUUUAGGGUGGACCUAAAUGAAUCUUUGAAUCAGUUCAUUGGAUCACACAGUUUGAACUGAUGCACAAAAACUAAUUUGAACUCUUUACGCAAUUUUUACUAUUGAAGUUUAAUUCAGAAAUGCUAUUAAAAUCAUCCUAACAUUCCUGUACUCACAAGUAGUGAGACAAGGAUGACAGUCUUAAUUUUCAAAUAAAAAGUGCAUUAAAGUCAUCGCAAUAAUCACAGUAGAAAAAUAUUAUACAUUGUCAGAAAAGUCAUUGCAAUAUUGGUAUAUCGUCCAACCCUAAUGAUUACAGAUUACUAGAGAUUUACUGAUACAGAUGAUUAUUUUUUUGUUUAAAUUUUCUAUUUACCAA